CACAACAUUCAGUGUUUCCAUUCCGGUAAACAACAAAGCAGUGAUUUGUUUUGAAUAUAUAUUUUUCAUCUAUAUUGUGUUCCAAACGUAAAUUUUUAUUCGUUGACAUCUUUUUCCGCUUGUAUUUUUACAUGAAAAUAUUCGAGACAAAAGAAUGUUUCAACCGAUGGUUAAUUUGCGACGGCUAACACAGCGUCAAAUUGCUGAUGCAAUGCAAGCAAAUGAUGACGAUGAGAGUUUGGAUGCCGAUUUUGCUGACGAAGAAGAAAGUUAUAUCGAUGACCUCACCGACAGUGAAGAAGAUCAUCAAAGUAAUUUUGAAGAGGAUAGUGAGAGCGAGAGCGAGAACGAAGACAUGAACGUUGAUGAUGAAGAGGUAGAAGAAAGCACCGUGUUCACUGGCAAAGACGGAACUGAAUGGGAGCACGAGCCGGUUCAAUGGGCACGACAGCAACGCAAUCCAAAUCGAUCAAAAUUGAUGACGGUCACAAAAGUUCCUGGUCAACAUUUCGAUAGUCCUUUCGACUAUUUCAACGCAAUUUUUUCUCAGCCAGUGAUCGAUAUGAUUGUACGUUACACAAAUAUUGAGGGCCGUAAACACAAAGCAAAUUUCAAAGAUGUCGACGAUAUUGAAAUUCAUGCAUUUAUUGGUUUACUGUUUGCCGCCGGUGUUGAUAGAUCAAGUAAGCGGAAUUAUCGUGAAUUCUAUGGAAUUACACGAGGAAUGCCAUUGUUUCGUGCAACAUUGUGCUUGACACGUUUCAUGGAGUUGCUACGCUUUUUACGAUUUGAUGACAAAGAUACACGUUCGGAACGGCGCAAACAAGAUAAAUUGGCUCCAAUUCGGGACCUUUUUGAUAUGGUUGUGAAGAACCUAGGAAAAAUGUAUUCACCAGGAGAAAACGUGACUAUUGAUGAACAGCUAGUGCCAUUCAGAGGACGAUGCAGUUUCAAACAGUAUAUUCCGAGCAAACCUGACAAAUACGGUUUGAAAAUUUUUUGGUUGGUAGAUGCCAAAAAUUGGUAUCCACUAAAGGCAAUUCCGUACCUUGGUCGAGAACGUUCUGGUGCUGCACGUCAAACAAACAUUGCAAAAAACAUCGUUCUCAAUUUGUGUCAACCAUAUUACAAGACGAACCGAACUGUUGUGUUUGACAAUUUUUUUUCAAACUAUGAUACGCAAGCAGAGCUGCAAACAAAUGGUUUGUACAGCGUUGGUACAGUUCGUAAGAACAAAAAGUUUGUCCCGCCUGAAUUCAAACCAUCAAAUGAACGUGAAGUCGGCUCAAACUUGUUUGGUUUCCGACGAACAUGCACUUUGCUCUCGCAUAUUCCUCGACCGAAAAAAAGUGUCAUAUUUUUAUCAACUUUGCAUCGUACCGAUAGAGUAGAAGAGAAUGGCAAAGCUGAAAUCAACAUGUUUUACAACGAGUUCAAAGGCGGUGUUGACGUACUCGAUGAAUUGUGUCACACGUAUACUGUUCAGCGCAAAACAAAUCGAUGGCCGAUGGCAUAUUUCAUGAAUUUGGUGAACGUUGCUGGAGUCGCAGCGUAUGCCAUGUGGCGUACGGCCAACAACAAGCUCGAUGAUCGUGUGAAGGAAGAACGGAAGAAUUUUCUUACGCGUCUCUACAUUGAGCUCACGUAUCAACAGAUUGCCCGACGCAGUACACAAGGCCUAACGAUUGGUCAACGACAAUCAAUUAGCGAUAUUCUUGGAAAUAACACGACUGUCGUAGAGCCAUCCACAUCACGAGCUACCAAGAAGAACAUUAGACGUCGGUGCCAUAUUUGUCCACGCAGCGUUGAUCGAAAAAUCAAACAAAUGUGCGAAGUAUGUCGGAAAAAUGUUUGCAAACAGCAUGCUUACUCAAUCAUCAAAUGCAAAAAGUGUCAGAAGCAGCCUGUCAUCAAUUCUUCAGAUUCAGAAUGAUAUUCAUGACAUUUCA